AACAUUUUCCCUUUUGUGAUGUACCUUUUAAAUCGAGUUCCAUUGUCAAUUAUCAGUGGACGAAAUUACGUUUGUAUUUCAUACCACUUUCUUUUGUGCUGGUCGCGAUUUUUCUUUUUUUCUUUGUGUUGUGAUUUUCAGUUAUAUUAUUAUCAUUUGAAUAUUUGUCAUAAGAGACUGUUGAAGCAGUUUCGGUGACAGCGGAUUGCGUCUGUAUCUCAAUUCCAACAAGUGCAUCGCCUACGUAACAACCCGUCUAUAAAAUAUACAAUAUUGGUGUUUCACCUUUGAAAUCAACACUAGCCACACCUCAACUUUUGAAAAGCCUACCUUUAAAUUUUUCAUAAUGGUGGAUCGCUUAGUAAAUUCUGAAGCAAAUUCAAGGCGUAUUGCCAUGGUCGAAAGCUGUUUUGGCAGCUCUGGUGUGCCUUUAGCAAUUCCAGGACGCGUACUUGUUGGCGAAGGUGUUUUAACCAAGAUGUGCCGCAAGCGACCAAAGUCUCGACAGUUUUUCCUAUUUAACGACAUACUGGUAUAUGGGAAUAUUGUAAUUGGAAAGAAGAAAUAUAACAAACAACAUAUUAUGCCAUUGGAAGAAGUAUCACUGGAAUCUUUGGAGGAUAAUGGACAAUAUCGCAAUGGUUGGCUCAUACGUACCACAACAAAAUCGUUUGUUGUUUACGCCGCUACAGGUACUGAAAAACAAGAAUGGAUGGCACAUAUCAACAAGUGUGUGGAAGAUUUACUUCGAAAGAGCGGAAAAAAACCUGUCGAAAAUCAUGCGGCCGUUUGGGUACCAGAUGCGGAAGCCACUCACUGUAUGAAUUGUAAAAAGACACAAUUCACGAUGAUAGUACGACGUCAUCAUUGUCGCAACUGUGGAGCUGUAGUAUGCGGUCCGUGCUCCUCCAAGAAGUUUUUACUGCCACAACAAAGCUCCAAACCUGUACGUGUCUGUACGGCUUGUUAUGAACGCCUUUCCAAAGUAGUUAAAGCAGAAUCGUCCAAAAUGACACUAGCAAAUGCUAGUGAUAAUUUAACAACAGGGUCUAUUGAUGGUAAUGGUAAUGGCACUGGCAAACUAGUGGAUAGUUCUGGUGAUGAAGAUUCGGAGGAAGAAGGCACUGGUGCAGCCAAUGAACUGCAUGAUGAACCACGAUUCUAUGGCGAUACAACGUUAUCGGCUGAUGAAUCUACGUCAUCUGCGGGUCUUAAUUCCAGUCACACACCUAGUGUUAAUAAUUGAUGUGCGCAGUCUACAGUUUUAAAGGGCGGGUUAUUGAACGCAAGUGGUGACGAACACGGGGGUAUAUACAGUCAAACUGUCACAAGAAGGAAUGGGUGUGACAAUAUGCAGCGAAAUAAAAAUAAACAAAAUUAUAAAUAUAAACAACGACAAAAAGAAGAAAAAAUUGAAGUAAAGCAACCAGAACAGCAACCAGAUGAACGUAGCAAAAAGGUGUGGCAUUUCCUCUGGAAAAGAAAAGGAUUAACGAAGUUUUUUGAU